AUGGUUGGUCGUACAUUGCUUUCCGUUGCUAUCAUCGGUGGAGGUCCUGGCGGACUAGGAACCGCCAUUGCUCUAUCUCAGUUACCAUUUCUCCAGGUAUCGCUUUACGAAAAGAACACCGAGCCCCGAGAGGCAGGAGCGGGUAUUAGCUUAAGCACAAAUGCGUGGAAGAUUUUGGACUUACUUGGGGUCAGUGAUGGCGUUAAGGGAGGGUCGAAGUCUAAUACGCAUCAACGGAAUGCCUAUACUGGAAAGGUUCUGAGCAUUACCCAGCACCCAGAAAACUCCGAUGCAGAUACUCGGGGAGCAAUCCGUGCUCGCAGAACGCGGCUCCAAUCCGCUCUUCUAAACAAAGUGCCAGAGGGUCUCAUUCAGUAUAACAAGAAGCUUACAUCUCUUGAGGAUCUCCCCAGUGGAGGUGUGCGCCUGGUAUUUGAUGACCAGACCGAAGCACAUGCAGAUCUAGUUGUCGGUGCAGAUGGAAUACACUCCAUUGUGCGACGAGUCCUGUUUCCUGAUCAUCAGCUUCGUUUUACUGGAAAUUCGGCAUUCCGUACCAUUGUACCCAGGUCGCGCCUAGCGCACCUCCCGGACAUCACGUCCACGACCGCUUGGUGGUGGGGCGAAGCUGGUCAUGUGUACUUCUCGGAUGUAGAUGACGAGAGUGAAAAUGAUGAUCCAUUCUUUGAGAUCACUGUAAGAUCUUAUAAGGAACCUGAAAUUCCCGGGAAGACUGUUGUUUGGGGUAUUCCGGCGACUAGGGAGAAAGUGGCAUCUCGUGUCUCAACAUUUGAUCAGCGAGUACGGGAUGCAGUGGAUGCGGUCAAUGAAGGUGAAUGGGGGGAAUUCGCUACCUUUGCUGGGCCUCGCCUGGGGAAGAUCACUGGAUGGAAUAAGGUUGCCCUGAUUGGCGAUGCUAGUCAUCCGCUUUCUGGUGCGUUCGGGUCUGGGGCGACGUUCGCGAUGGAGGAUGGAUGGAUUCUCGCUCGAGCACUUGAACAUACCCAACUCGCUUCACAACCCGUUCAGGAUGCCCUGGAGAUAUUCAACGUGAUCCGAUCUCCGUAUUAUGCCAGAAUGUAUGAGCAUCUGGACGGAAUCGGCGCCAAAAUGCAGGGAUUCAAAGCCGAGAGCAAAGACUUUGAUACUUUCUUACAGGCAAAGAUUGACCAUUUCCUCUAUGGUGACAAAGAUUUUAUUUACAAGAACGAUAUUGGAAAGGUCUGGGAAGAGUAUGUGGCAUCAGUGUCAGACUGA